AUGGAGACAAGUUGGUCAGCACCAAGGACAGAGACCCCAGGGCGCGCACCACUCAAGCAAGGUCGCUUCCUGGUGCGCUCUGCGGCCGAGGGCUGGGGCCCACCCCCUGGCUACAGGGAGGAGCGCAGAGAGGCCCUGCCCCCGGUGGAGAGCGACUCGCUGAGCCUUCCCGGGGCCCUUGAAGCUCUCCCUGCCACCUGCGCGAGCUCUCAGCCCCCUUUCCCGCUCGGUUAUGCCCUGUUCCCUCCAAACUCCCUGCAGCGGUUGUCUCCACAGUCCUUCCCUCGGCGCCACCCAAGGUUUCCGGGGUUGGGCGCACGAGGAAAGGGCGCAGUGGAGGUCAGCGCGCAGCAGCCCACAGGGCCGUGCGCCGCGCAACCCUGCCUGAACGGGGGCGUGUGCACCCCUGCUGCCGCCGGCCAGCCCGGGUACAGCUGCACCUGCCCCGCCGAGGUGUCCGGCGCCAACUGCCAGCUUGUCGCCGAUCCUUGUGCCAGCAACCCCUGUCUCCAUGGUGACUGCCGCAGCACCAGCGAUGGCUACCUCUGCGUGUGCAGCGAAGGUUACGGCGGGACCCACUGUGAACAGGUGCUUCCCAGCCUCCCUGCCCCUGGCUGGACUGAGGCCACGGCCGCCAGGCAGCUCCAGCCAGUACCUGCCACCCAGGAACCUGAAGCAAGCCUGCCCCACUCCCCGGCAACCACGACACUGCCCAUGUGGCAGCCCAAAACGGGACAGAAAGUUGUGGAGAUGAAAUGGGAUCAAGUGGAGGUGAUUCCGGAUGUUGCCUGUGGGAAUGCCAGUUCCAACAGUUCCGCAGGGGGUCGCCUGGUGUCCUUCGAUGUGCCGCAGAACACCUCUGUAAAAAUUCGGCAAGAUGCCUCUGCUUCCCUGAUUCUGUUGUGGAAGGUCACGGCCACUGGAUUCCAGCAGUGCUCCCUCAUCGAUGGGAGGAGCAUGACCCUCCUCCAGGCCCCUGGGGCCCUGGUUCUCCUGGAGGAGAUGCUUGCCCUGGGACACAACUACUUCAUCGGUUUUGUGAAUGAUUCUGUGACUAAAAGCAUUGUGGCUUUGCGCUUAACACUGGUGGUGAAGGCCAGCAACUGCAUGCCGGGGGAGAACCCAGGGAAUGACGUGGAAUGUUCUGGAAGGGGAAGGUGUACCACCAAGGCAUCUGAGGCCACCUUUUCCUGCAGCUGCGAGGAGCAGUACGUGGGCACUUUCUGCGAAGAGUUCGACGCCUGCCAACGGCAGCUCUGUCAGAACAAUGCCAGCUGCAUCGACGCGAGCGAGAAGCAAGACGGCAGCAACUUCACGUGCAUUUGCCCUGCCGGUUACACCGGAGAGCUCUGCCAAUCCAAGAUUGACUACUGUGUCCUGGAGCCAUGCAGAAACGGAGCGACGUGUGUUUCUGAUGUCACUGGGUUCACCUGCCAGUGUCCGGAAGGCUACUUCGGACCCGCCUGCGAGGAGAAGGUGGACCCGUGCGCCUCGUCCCCAUGCCAGAACAACGGGACCUGCCGCGUGGACGGCGUGACCUUCAGCUGCAGCUGCAGCCUGGGGUUCACGGGGCCCACCUGCGCCCAGCUCGUGGACUUCUGCGCCCUCAGCCCCUGCUCCCAUGGCACCUGCCGCGGCCUGGGCACCAGCUACAAAUGCCUCUGUGACCCAGGUUACCACGGCCUCUACUGCGAGGAGGAAUACAAUGAAUGUCUCUCAGCGCCCUGCCUGAACGCUGCCACCUGCCGGGACCUUGUGAACGGCUACGAGUGCGUGUGCCUGCCGGAGUACAAAGGUGUCCACUGUGAGCUGUACCGGGAUCCCUGUGCCAAUGUCAGCUGUCUGAAUGGAGGUACCUGUGACAGUGAAGGGCUCAACGGCACAUGCGUGUGUGCACCAGGCUUUGCAGGUGAAGAGUGUGACAUUGACAUAAAUGAAUGUGACAGUAAUCCCUGCCGCCACUCCGGGACCUGUCUGGACCAACCCAAUGGUUAUACCUGCCAUUGCCCUCAUGGCUGGGUGGGAACCAACUGUGAAAUCCAUCUGCAGUGGAAGUCCGGGCACAUGGCGGAGAGUCUCAGCAACAUGCCCCGCCACUCCCUGUACGUCAUCAUCGGGGCGCUGUGUGUGGCCUUCAUCCUGAUGCUCAUCAUCCUCAUCGUGGGCAUCUGCCGCAUCAGCCGCAUCGAGUACCAGGGCUCGUCCCGGCCGGCCUACGAGGAGUUCUACAACUGCCGCAGCAUCGACAGCGACUUCAGCAACGCCAUCGCCUCCAUCCGGCACGCCAGGUUUGGAAAGAAAUCGCGCCCGGCGAUGUAUGAUGUGACUUCCAUAGCCUAUGAGGAUUACAGCCCUGACGACAAGCCCUUGGUCACACUGAUUAAAACAAAAGAUUUGUAA